AUGGGUUUUGCAAAUGUAAAAUCGGAGAUCUAGGAUUAUCACGACCUGAAAAUGAUACCUCAUUGGAUGAUGAAAUAUAUGGAGUAAUACCUUAUAUUGCACCAGAAAUAUUUAUGGGGUCUGCAUUUUCUAAAAAAUCUGAUAUUUAUAGUCUGGGUAUGAUUAUGUGGGAACUUACAACAGAAGAUACACCAGAAUGUUAUGCUAAUUUAAUGAGAAGUUGUUGGAAUCCUGAUCCCACAAAGAGACCUUCUAUAAGUGUCAUUGAGAGCAUUUGUCGUGAAUGGUAUUAUCAGUUUAACGAUGUUGAUCAAUUUGAUCAAGCUGAAUUAAAAAGGAAAAAGUUAAUAGAUUCAAAGAAGCUUGGUCCUAAGUUUAGUGAAAAGUCUCAUCCAAAAGCUAUUUAUACAAGUAGAUUAUUAAGUUCUUACAUUUCUAAAUGUUCAUCUAUAUUUUCCAAUUGUUCAUCUAUCAAUUUUUCAUCAAACGGUUACAUUUCAAACGAAUUAGAAUUUGACAUAGACAUUAAAAGUAGCAAACUCGACUCACUUGGAACUAAGCGAAAUAUUGAAGAAUUAAAUAUUAAUUCUUUUGAAAAUAAUGGUAAAUAUUUUAUUUGAUUAAAUGUUAUCAAGAUUUAUUUAUAUCCUUAUUAUUUUAUUUUUUCUAAUUUAAAAUAGGAAAACGCCUCAAAGAAAAAUAAUGAAGAAAUAAGAAAUGGGAAAAAUUUUUCGUAUAAAUAUAAUAAUAUAUCUUAUUUUUAAUAUUUUAUUUAUGUAUAUUCCUUUUUUUUUAUUAUUAUUAUGCAAUAUUA